AUGGUUCUGAUUCCACCCUUCGAGCUAAGUUCAGCUCGAAUCGAGCUCCGCGAGCUGAUCAUCUCUGUAACGAAUGAUCUAGUGAAUCCGGAGAAAGUUCCGAAGAGAGACGUACCUGGUGUUGAAGAGGGGAACUCUAUAACAUCUCGUGUGUGCUCCUUUAUUUCUCACAUCUUCUUCUUCCUCUUUUCUUCAAACACACGAGUGAGAGAGAGAGAGUUAGAUUCAACGGAAUCGAUCGAGUAUCGGCUACAAGUGGUAUCAGAGCCAGGUUACGCGCACAAGGAAGAUACUCUAGAAGGAUCGGGACUUACACGGAGAGGAAGAUCGGAAAGUUUCUCGGACCCCAGGAGAAACGACGACAGCGGAUUCACGCGAAUCGGAUCGGGCUUCGAUCUGAGAUAG